GAUUAUACGUCACACAAUAGUUACUACAUUUCCCAUGAACACCCACUGGAUCGAAACUACACAAGACAACAUGGCGGGAAUCGCAGCGUUCCUGAGGAAUGCAUGGAAUAAGGAGCCUGUUAUCAUGGCAGCCUGUGGCAUUGGACUGCUGGGUGUUGCUCUUCCAUUAAUCAGCCCCUUCACAAAAUAUACAGGAAUGAUCAAUUCGGCCGUACCGUACAACUACCCAGUACCUGUGCGAGAUGAUGGAAAUAUGGCUGAUGUCCCUGCUCAUCCGAGUGACCCAAAAGGAAAAAACUUGGAAUGGCUUAAAAACCUUUAACUUCAGAUUUGCAUGACCAACACUUGUGUCGUUCCUCUUGUUCAUAUGUGUCUGCAAAGCUGCUCCACCUAUCAAUGUCCCACAAUAAAGAUUUAUUUAAUUCUA